UUUCAUAACUAAUAAAUAAAUCAACUCAAGACAAGAACCUGAACCUGCCAUUUCCUUUCUUUCAAUGCUACUUGUAUUCUAUACACAUUAGACCGAUCGACCUUUCUUUCUUUCUUUCAGGGUUGCUUGCUUCAAAUUACUGCUGGGCUGGGCUUUCUCAGUCACCUUUUACCCACUUGCAGUCUUCAACUUGGUGGAAAGAAAUUAGGAAAGGUAACAAUCUCUCUUCCUGUUACUUGGUACACUUUGAAAAAUGAUGAAUUAUAACUUUCUCUUCUCAUUACCAUUGUUGUUGUGUUGCUUCUUUUUAAACGAAAGCACUACUGCUAAUGGUUUGAAUUCUGAUGGGAAAACUCUCUUGUCACUUCUCACCCACUGGUCAUCCCUGCCUCCUUCCAUAACCUCCACCUGGAAUGCUUCUCAUCCAAAUCCAUGCAAAUGGAUUGGGAUUCAGUGUGACUCUACCGCCCAUGUACUCACUCUCAACCUUACCGGUUUUGCCAUUUCUGGCCAACUGCCUCGUCAAAUUGCUGCCUUGAACCGUUUGCACACCCUUGAUUUGAGCAACAAUAAUUUCUCUGCUGCCAUACCUUCAGCUUUGGCCAAUUGCACUUCCCUUCAAUACUUGGAUUUGUCUGUAAAUGGAUUUACUGGACCAAUAGCUGAUAGCUUCAACUCCUUGCAAAAGCUGAGCUACCUAAACUUGUAUUCUAAUUCCUUGAGUGGUGCAAUACCAGAAUCAUUGUUUAAUCUUACUAGUUUAGAGUAUGUGUAUUUGAAUGGUAACAACUUAAGUGGUUUCAUUCCUAUGAAUCUUGGCACCUUGAGUGAGGUUGUGGUUCUAUAUUUAUUUAAUAAUAGGUUGUCGGGUACCAUUCCUGAGUCUAUAGGGAAUUGUAGUAAACUGCAAGAACUUUAUUUGAGUGGGAAUCAGUUGGUUGGAGUUUUGCCUCAGAGUCUUAACAAUCUCCAAAACCUCAUCUAUUUAGAUGUUAGCCUCAACAGUCUCCACGGGGUAAUUCCCUUGGGUUCCAGCAACUGCAAGAAUUUGAGUAUUUUGGAUUUGUCAUUCAACAGUUUUAGUGGGGGUCUUCCACCUGGGUUGGCCAGCUGUAGUAGCCUGACAGAGUUGGUUGUUGUGCAUGGUAACUUAACAGGUGAUAUUCCCUCUUCCUUAGGCUUACUAGAUCAGCUUUUGAAACUUGACCUUUCUGAAAAUCACUUGUCUGGUAACAUUCCACCUGAACUUGGGAAAUGCAAAUCUCUGCAAAGACUUCUCUUGUAUGACAACCAACUCAAUGGGAAAAUUCCAAGUGAAUUGGGUAUGCUAAGCGAAUUGCAGGACCUUGAACUGUUUAUCAAUAAUUUCACUGGUGAGAUUCCAAUUAGCAUUUGGAGGAUUCCAAGCCUAGAGUAUCUCCUUGUAUAUAAGAACAAUCUUACUGGGGAGUUGCCCUCAGAGAUCACUCAGCUCAAGCUACUGAAAAACAUUUCAUUAUUUGACAAUCAGUUCUUUGGGGUUAUCCCUCAAAAUCUGGGAAUUAAUGCUAGCUUACAGCAGUUGGAUUUCACAAACAACAAGUUCACUGGUGCAAUUCCUAAAAAUCUUUGCUUAAGGAAGAAAUUAAGGGUGCUGAAUUUGGGCCAAAAUCAGCUUAAUGGCAGCAUAAGUGCUGAUAUUGGAGGCUGUAAAACUCUCUGGAGAUUGAUCCUUAAGCAGAAUAAUCUCACGGGCAUGCUCCCAGAAUUUGCAGAAAAUCCAAAUCUUGCACAUUUGGACAUCAGUGAAAAUAAGAUCACUGGUCCAAUUCCAUCCAGCUUGGGAAACUGUAGAAAUCUCGCUUCCAUAAAUUUGUCCAUGAAUCAGCUCACAGGAUUGAUACCUUUGGAGUUAGGAAACCUUGCGGACCUUCAGACUCUGGAUAUUUCUCACAACCUUUUACAAGGUUCUUUGCCAUCUCAGCUGUCAAAAUGCAGCAAAUUGGAAAAGUUUGAUGUCGGGUUCAAUUCACUGAAUGGUUUGGUUCCGUAUGCUUUGACGAGCUGGAAACAUUUGUCCACUCUGAUUUUAAGCGAAAAUCAAUUCACCGGUGGCAUUCCAUCUUUCUUGUCGGAAUUUAAACUGCUUUCAGAGCUGCAGCUUGGCGGGAAUCCCUUUGGAGGUAAUAUUCCCUCAUCUAUUGGAGAAAUGAAGAAUCUGAUUUAUGCCUUAAAUCUGAGCAGUAAUGGAUUGAAUGGAGAAAUUCCUUCAGAGCUAAGAAAUGUGUUCAAGCUCGUUAGAUUGGAUAUAUCUCAUAAUAAUUUGACAGGAACUUUAACGGUUCUUGAUGGAAUGGAUUCCUUGGUUGAGGUUAAUAUUUCUUACAAUCACUUCUCCGGUCCAAUACCAGGAACACUGUUGAAUUUUGUAAACUCAUCUCCAUCAUCUUUCCUGGGCAAUCCCAGCUUAUGCAUCAAUUGUCUUCCAUCAGGUGACAGGACUUGUCCCAGAAACAACUAUCUUAACCGUUGUGAUAAUCGAUUGAGAAGUCAAAGGGGUCUUCGCAAAUUGGAAGUUGCAAUGAUAGCUCUCGGUUCCUCUCUAGUUGUGGUAGUGCUUCUUGUGGUUUUGAUGUUCGUCUUCUGCAGAGAAAGAAAGCAAGAACUUGAGGUGUGUGCCAAAGAAGGCCCAUCUGCCUUACUAAACAAAGUGAUGGAGGCUACCGAGAAUCUAAAUGACAGAUAUAUGAUUGGCAGAGGGGCACAUGGAGUUGUUUAUAGGGCAUCACUGAGUCCAGGGAAUGACUUUGCUGUAAAAAAGAUUAUGCUGACAAAGCAUAAAGGAGGAAGCCUAAGUAUGGUUAGAGAGAUUCAAACCAUAGGGAAAGUCAAGCACCGAAAUCUGGCGAGGUUGGAAAACUUUUGGUUUAGAAAAGAUUAUGGUUUAAUCUUAUACAGGUACAUGCAAAAUGGGAGCCUCCAUGACGUUUUACAUGCAAAAAAUCCGGUACAAAUCCUAAAAUGGAGUGUCCGGUAUAGAAUUGCAGUUGGAACGGCGCAUGGAUUAGAAUAUCUUCAUUAUGACUGUGAUCCUGCCAUAGUUCAUCGAGACAUCAAGCCAGAAAACAUCCUCCUGGACUCGGAAAUGGAGCCUCAUAUCUCUGAUUUUGGAAUUGCUAAGCUCCUGGAUGAGUCUGCUGCUUCGGAACCAUCUAUCUCAGUUGUGGGCACUGUAGGAUAUAUUGCUCCAGAAAAUGCAUUUACAACUACACGGAGCAAGGAAUCGGAUGUGUAUAGUUUUGGGGUGCUUUUGCUUGAGCUGGUAAGCGGAAAGAGGGCAUUGGAUCCAUCAUUUAUGGGAGGGGAAGAGAGAGAUAUAGUGGGGUGGGUAAGGUCAGUUUGGAGCCACACCCGCUUAGAAGAAAUCGAGAGGAUUGCUGAUUCAAGGGUUGUGGAUGAGUUUGUGGAAUCGGGGACCAGAGAGCAAGUUAUUGAUGUGCUCUUGGUAGCUUUGAGAUGUACUGAAAAAGAACCAAGCAGAAGACCUACAAUGAGAGAUGUAGUGAGGCAACUGUUGGACGCCAAUGUCACUCACAAAACCAAACAUUUAACUAGCUACCGUUUCUUCAGUUUCUAACUCUAGACUCGGUCUCUUCUCUAGGUGGGUGUAGUGUAGCCUGAAUUUAUGUCAUUAAUCUUCUUCAUCUGAAAAUAGUAAGAUUUUAAUCUAAAAACACAUUUAUAAGUUCAAUUGAGGGGAAUGUCAUUUUUUUAUGAAAAAAAAAAAUGCUGAAUAAGGGAUUUGAACUCUCAAAUUUCAUGACCCAAUAGAAUAGAGAAACCCUUGAAACUUUCUACAAAAGAAGUGAUGGGAAUUGUUCAAGACCAACCUUAAGAAGACUAUGAUAGAUCUUAUUAUGUCUUUGAUGAUCAGAAAAGAAAAGGCAAGAAAUCAUUUGGGUUUCUUUUUCAUUCUAACUGCUUUAUGGAUUUGUUUUUUAUCUUUUAUAAAAAAAAAAAAAGGCUGCAUGGAAUUAUUGAGCUGAGCAUGCAAAGCUAGCUAGCAACUUUAUAUUUGCAAUUUAGAGUUUUAGACCCAAGCCAAAUAAUAGGCGCUAGGCAGCCAUGCGCCCGAAAUAAGUCGGUUGGAAAUUCCUUUACGCGACCCAAGU